UACAUACACCUCCAGUUUUGCUCAUUAAUUUCUUCAUUCCCCAAAAUUCUGUUAGUCAUCAAAAUGCAAAAUCCAGAAGAUCACCACUCUGACAGGGAGCUUAGUAGUCCCUCAAACACCACCAAAUCUAACGAUGACAAGAAUGUCGAAAUCACCCUUGAUAUCCGUGAUGACACCAUGGCAGUCCACAGUGUCAAAAAUGCCACUAAGACUAAAGCAGAGGAAGCAGAGCUUGAGGCACUGGGCAAAAACCUGCAGAAAAAGUGCAGUUUUGGGGCCACAAUCGUCAGAAAUGUUUCGAUGAGGAUGCGGUUGCCUUCUUUCAAGAGACAACCGCAUCCUCCUCGGACAUUUGAUAGGAGUUCAACAGCAGCUCAGAAUGCUCUCAAAGGCUUCAAAUUUAUCAGUAAGACUGAUGGUGGCUCUGGAUGGGACACCGUCCAACAGCGCUUCGACGAGCUUACUGCCACCUCAGAUAGCUUACUGCCUCGGGCAAAAUUUGGAGAAUGCAUAGGCAUGAACAGGGAAUCUGAGGGAUUUGCACUAGAGCUUUUUGAUGCGUUAGCUCGGAGGAGAAAUAUAACAAGUGGUUGCAUCAGCAAAGAACAGCUCAAAGAGUUUUGGGACCAAAUUGCUAACCAAAGCUUUGAUUCCCGGCUUCGAACCUUUUUUGACAUGGUUGAUAAAGAUGCAGAUGGUAGACUUACAGAAGAAGAAGUCAGAGAGAUUAUUUGCCUUAGCGCAUCUGCUAACAAGCUGUCAAAUAUCCAAAAACAAGCUGCAGAAUACGCAGCGUUGAUCAUGGAAGAGUUGGAUCGCGACCAAAAAGGAUACAUCAUGCUUGAGAACUUGGAAAUGCUUUUAUUAGAAACCCCAAUUCAAUCAGAUGGAGAAAAAGGCCUGAACAGGAACCUAAGUCAUAUGCUAAGCAUGAAGCUUAAGCCAACACUGGAGACUAAUCCCAUAAAAAGAUGGUAUAACAAUUUGAAGUACUUUUUGCUGGACAAUUGGCGAAGAGUUUGGGUACUGUUAUUAUGGAUUGGUGUCAUGGCUGGCUUAUUUGCUUACAAGUAUGUCCAGUACAAAAACAAAGCAGCAUUUAAUGUCAUGGGUCAUUGUGUUUGUGUGGCGAAAGGGGCUGCCGAGGUACUUAAGCUAAACAUGGCACUGAUUUUACUCCCAGUCUGCAGAAACACUAUCACUUGGCUUCGAAACAAGACUAAAUUAGGUGGUGCUGUUCCCUUUGAUGAUAACAUCAAUUUUCACAAAAUGGUGGCAGGGGCAAUUGCAGUUGGUGUUGGAAUACACGUACUUGCUCAUAUGACUUGUGAUUUUCCUCGGCUUCUAAAUGCUAGCCCGGAAAAGUAUAAACCAAUGGAGCCAUACUUUGGAGAUCAACCAAGAAACUAUUGGCAUUUUGUGAAGGGAGUGGAAGGAGUGUCCGGGAUCAUAAUGGUGGUUUUGAUGUCAAUAGCUUUCACUCUAGCAAGCCAACGAUUUAGAAGGAACAAAAUUCGUUUACCAAGACCAUUGAACAAGCUCACCGGUUUCAAUGCCUUUUGGUACUCCCACCACCUCUUUGUCAUUGUCUAUUCUCUCCUCAUAGUCCAUGGUAUCGAGCUUUACUUAACCAAAGAAUGGUACAAGAAGACGACAUGGAUGUACUUGGCAAUACCAAUCAUACUUUAUUCUGGUGAAAGAUUACUAAGGGCAUUCAGGUCAAGCGUCAAGGAUGUUAAAAUAUUGAAAGUGGCUAUGUAUACUGGAAAUGUGUUGACACUUCAAAUGUCAAAGCCACAGGGCUUCAAUUAUAAAAGUGGGCAAUACAUGUUUGUCAAUUGUGCUGCAGUUUCACCAUUUGAAUGGCACCCAUUUUCUAUUACUUCAGCGCCUGGAGAUGAGUAUCUAAGUGUACAUAUUCGAAUUGUUGGUGAUUGGACUACAAAACUCAGAGAUGUUUUCUCAGAGCCAUCACCAACAGGAAGAAGUGGACUCGUUAAAGCUGACUACUUGCAAGACAAAAUAAAUUACCCAAAAGUGUUAAUUGAUGGCCCAUAUGGAGCACCAGCACAAGACUAUAAGGAAUAUGAGGUGCUUUUGUUGGUAGGUUUAGGAAUUGGAGCCACCCCUAUGAUAAGUAUUGUUAAAGACAUAGUGAACAACAUGAAGGAAGAAAAGUAUGAUCAUGAUUUGGAGAAAAAAACAGUGUCAGGGAGUGGAAGAUCAAACUUCAAGAGGGUAUAUUUUUAUUGGGUUACUAGAGAACAAGGCUCAUUUGAUUGGUUCAAGGGUUUAAUGAAUGAGUUAGCUGUAAUGGAUUGUGAUGGAAUAAUCGAGAUGCAUAAUUACUGUACAAGUGUUUAUGAAGAAGGUGAUGCUCGCUCUGCUCUCAUCGCGAUGCUUCAGUCUAUCAAUCAUGCCAAAAAUGGCGUAGACAUUGUAUCUGGAACAAGAGUUAAGACUCAUUUUGCUAGACCUAAUUGGAGAAAUGUCUACAAACGCAUUGCUCUUAAUCACACUGAUGCAAGAGUUGGAGUUUUCUACUGUGGGGCACCAGCACUGACGAAAGUUCUUGGACAACUGGCCUUAGAUUUUUCCCACAAGACAUCAACAAAGUUUGAUUUCCAUAAAGAAAAUUUUUGACCAACCAUGGAUAAGCAAAGGAUCAAACCAAACAGAUAAGAACGAUUU